AUGGAACUUCGCUGCAUUGUGGCCGUGCUCCUGGGUCUUUGUGAAGUGCGCGCCAUGUGGUGGCCCCACCAACAUCCGCUGGAGGAGCAACUGGCCACCCAGAUAUCCGCUACUCUUCGCAAGAUUUUCACCAAUGGCCUGGCUGUUGAGAAUUUGAGUGUUUUCAUUAGCACUGGCUACGAGCAAAUGGACAGGGAUCGGGUGAUACUGGUGCAUCGAGUUCUCUAUCGCAGCUUAUACCAGCCGAAUGCUCCAGUGCCCGUUGUCCUGGCCGCCAAAAUGAAUCGCAAAAUAAGCGCCCACAUCUUCAGCCAGCUGCUUUUUGUGCAGAAUGCCGAGCAGGCCAUAGCCAUAGCCGAGGGAGUGGACAGAAAUGUGUUGUGCAUCAUCGUUUUGCUGACAUGCCAGCCGCAACGACCCAUUAUGACCAGGAUUUUCACGUACUUCAUGCAGCAGCGUUACAACAUCAACGUGGUGAUCCUGGUGCCCGGUGUCCAUGGUGUCCGGGCCUUCAAUGUCCGGCCGUACACCGCCAGCAGUUGCACGAGCGUGGAGCCCGUGGAAACGGACAUAAAGGAUGGCGAUGUAUGGGAUGUCUUUCCCAGCCGCUUGAAGAACCUACACGGCUGUCCAUUGAGCGUGAUCGUCUGGGAUAUACCGCCAUAUAUGCGAGUAAACUGGCAGAGUAGUGAUCCAAUGGAUGGACUGGCCGGAUUGGAUGGAUUGCUCUUGCGGAUCGUGGCACGCAAGAUGAACUUUACGCUGAAACUGAUGGCUAACGAACCGAACGGUUUGAUUGGUGGCUCCAGUUACAUAAACGGCACCUUCACGGGUGCCUACAAAAUGCUGAGGGAGAGAAGGGCCAAUAUCACCAUAGGAUGUGCUGCCUGUACACCAGAGAGAUCCACCUACCUGGAGUCCACCAGUCCCUACAGCCAGAUGGCCUACAUAAUCGUGAUGCGCGCCAGAAGCGGUUAUAGUAUCUAUGAGGUUAUGCUGUUCCCAUUCGAAAAGGGCACCUGGCUGGUGGUCAGCACGGUAUUGGGUCUGCAUUGGUUGGUGGGCAGUCGAUGGCGUAUGCCAUCACCCAUUCUGGCCGGCUGGAUGCUUUGGAUCUUUGUGAUCCGAGCCAGUUACGAGGCAUCCGUAUUCAACUACAUACACAACUCACCGGUGAAGCCAUCGCCGCGCACUUUGGAGCAGGCCUUGAAUGGUGGCUUCCGUUUCAUCACCGAUCACGCCACCUAUCGGAUGACCCUGCAGAUACCUUCUUUUCAGGGCAAAACUUCCAUAUCCGCCGGACAGCCGGUGGAUGUGUUCGAUGCUCUGUUGAAGGCACCCUGGAAAACGGGCGCCUUCACCAGUCGCGCCUUUCUGGCCGCCCACCUGGUUGGGCAUAGGCACCAUCGCAAUCAGCUGUUGAUUUUGGGCGAAAAGAUCAUUGACAAUAUGCUGUGCGUGUACUUUCCCCAGGGCUCCUAUUUCGCCUGGGAGAUCAACAAUCUGCUAUUCAAUAUGCGUAGCUUUGGCAUCUUCCAGCACCAUUCGCAGAUCCUCGCCUGGAAUAGUAUGCCCACCACCACCACGGAUACGGAUACGCCGGGUAAAAGCAUACAUUCCUCCAAGGAGAGUGCGGCCAGAGGAUUUGCCGAGUCCAUGAGCUUCGUCCUGGCAGCACUGAAUUGCUUGAUGGGAGCACUCUGCUUUUCCAUUGCGGUCUUUGGUCUGGAACUGCUGAGUCGAAGGCGCCGCUGGACGGGAUUAGCAUGGCUAUUUGAAAGGGUUUAA